GUUGUUUGCCACCCGCCACUGUUGUGAGAGUGUUGUGGAUUUCAAUAUGUCCUUCCACAAGACUUUUAGGAUCAAGCGGUUCCUUGCCAAGAAACAGAAGCAGAAUAGACGAAUCCCCCAGAAGAUUUGCAAUAAGACUGGUAACAAGAUCAGGUACAAUUCUAAAAGAAGACAUUGGCAAAGGACAAAACUUGGCCUGUAAACAGGUUGCCCAUUAUGUUCCUAGAGUUUUUCAUGAUUUUGAAGAAUGGG